AUCCAUGGCCAUAUCUCUCUAGCUGUCAAUUAUCCAGCCCAGCGAAGAUGCAGCCGGGACUCAAAUAUUAUAAAUUAUAAUCUACGAAGGAUAUGUUAUAUCCAUAUUAUAUAAAUAUAGAUGAAUAAAUAAAUAAAUGAAUAAAUAAACAAAUAGGUAAUACCGUGCCAUCAGCUCAUAUGUUCAGUGUUGGAAUGCAGUGAUCUAACGAAUUACUAAAUAAAUUUAAUAAUAUAAUAUUAAAUUGAAGUAAAAGAUUAAUAAAAUAAUGAUUAUCAUUCGAUCGACUGUUAAUCUAUGAGAAAUAAGAAAAGAAAGAAGAAGAAGAAAAUCAUAUAUUAUCGAUCCAGAUUUUAUAAUAAAUCAUUAACGAAAGCUGAUGAAAAACUUCAAGGGAAAACCCGGAGUUGUCGCAAUGUUCACUAAUACUCGAUCGUAAUUCAAAGUCAAUAUGGCUGUGCUUUGUUAAGAAUAUUAUAAUCGAUUCGUCAUAAAUUUUGAGUUUGAUAAUUUUUAAUUGAAUUUUUUUUUCUCAUCUCCAAAUUUCGUACAUACGUAUAAAUAUAUAGAUACAUAUAUAAUUCUAUAUUAAUAAAAAGAAAUAUCUGCAAUACGCACAUCAGAGAUAAUAUGUUUAUUACAAGUUAAGAUUUUCAGCAAUAAAUCACGUGUUACAACAAUAAUAAUAAUAAGAUUAAUAGCAACAAUUUUAUUCUAAAUAACUUUAACACACUGCGUUGAAAAUCAUUCUAUUGAGGAAAAAAAUUCCAAAAACAAACCAAAUAAUCAAAGAAAGAAAAAAAUAUAUUCUCAUUUGCCGGAAGUGUAAUUGAUAAUAGUAAAAGAUGGCGUUCGCCGCGGCAAGAAUGAUAUUAAAGGACAAAAGGCGAAAGGCGAGCAAAGAGGACUUCGCCCCAAGAAACAGAAGCAAGGCUCGGAGCGCCAGUACAAGUAGCUUUAGAAGCCUGAGUCAGGCUCGUAACAAACCUGCCGACGGAGUCGGCCACGUUAACCAAAAGGGAGCGGCUAGCCAGAAGGCGCCAUUGGCAGGAGGGCAGAAAGUCGCGCCCGGAGCAAAAGCUGCUGCAAAACCCGCGCAAAAGCCGACCGCCCAGAAAGGGCAAGUCAAGGUUACUCCGAAAGCAGCGUCUGUGAAAACUGGUAAAAAUAAGAAGAAGGGACAACGGCAACAGUACGAUCUCAUCGUAACGAUAAACCCGUCUGAGUAUGGGCUAUCCGAGGACCAAGUUGCAGAGUUCAAAGAGGCGUUCAUGCUUUUCGACAAAGAUGAGGAUGGCACAAUUACAAUGGUCGAACUUGGUGUCGUCAUGCGUUCUCUGGGACAGCGACCGUCAGAAACCGAGCUUCGAGAUAUGGUGAACGAGGUUGACCAAGAUGGAAACGGCACCAUCGAAUUCAAUGAGUUUCUACAAAUGAUGUCUAAAAAAAUGAAGGGCUCGGACGGAGAGGACGAACUUCGCGAAGCGUUUAGGGUAUUCGAUAAGAACAACGACGGAUUGAUUUCCUCGACGGAAUUACGACACGUGAUGACGAAUCUUGGGGAUAAACUUUCGGAAGAAGAAGUCGAUGACAUGAUAAAGGAGGCGGACCUUGACGGAGAUGGAAUGGUCAAUUACGAAGAAUUUGUGACAAUCCUGACAUCCAAGAAUUAGUGAUUGGAUGUCGGAAUGAGAGGAAACGACUACUGGCCUGAAGACUGCAGUGAGGAUGACUAUGGUAUCGAUCAAAAAACGACGAAAGAUUUCAACAAUUUCCGUGUUAAAACCUCUGCAGGAGAAUCAGCACUAGCAUCACCAUCGGCUGAAACAGAAAUUAUAAAUUUCUGUACCACAUGACACCUGCCAAAUCCCUCGCGGAGAAUAACAAUAUUUAUUUAUCAACGCGACAUACGCCUAAUUAUGUUCCUGCGUUAUUAUAUGAUAAUGAACAAGAGAUAAAUAAAAUAAUAAAUAAUAAAUAGUCAUGUAUGAAAACUUUAGUGUCUAAUAUCGAUCAUAUUAUGUAUAAUUAGAUAUAUUUCAUGAGAGCCUGAAAUAACAUUCAUAUUGUUAUAGGAAAAAAAAAAAAAAAAAAAAAAAACUGAAGAAUUAAAACAGAGUAAGCAAAAACUUGAUAAAGAAAGAAAAAAAACUUUAAUAAAUCAAUCAAUAUCUAGGCUUCGACAAAAAUUCACGCAGAUUGGUCACAACACUGUGCGGAAAAAGCUUGUUUGGAGAAAAAAUCAAAGUUGUUCGUUUCAUCUACUUUUGACAAAAUAAUUUACACAGGUACGUACAUAAGUACAACGGCGUAAAACGCGUUAGAAGAGCGAGAAAAAAAAAAGGAGAAAAAUCAAAUCGAAAUCGUAUUGCAAAGCAGAUGAGUUGCUAAUUGUUACCAUCAUUUUUUUCUAUCUUCUGCAACAUAAGUUUCGUUAAUUAAAUUUCACUUCUGCAGAAAAUAUACACGACAACGUGUAUUACGUGUAAUUAAUUGUAUAACUAACUCGUAGCUGUUUUCAAAUUACAACGUAAGAUUGUAAGUUUAGUAAAUAAAUAAAAAAUGAAAACAAGGUUGCUCCUGAAACAAUCAACUGAGCUUCGGUUAGCGUAUCUAUUCUACUAUUACUACUAAUUGUUACAACUACUACUACUACUACUACUACUACUACUACUACUACUACUACUACUAUUGAUACUCGAUAUAACGCUAUAGACUUUUGUUAAUUGAUUUACCAUUUGAUUGGCACCGGGCCUAUUAAUCAUCAAAUAAUACUACAAUUAUUUAUCAACGUAAGUCAAUCACAAUUAUAAUAUUUCACUGAAUUGUGUACAUAUACAUAAUUAAUACCAUACACCAUUUCUCAAUUAAAGGCAAAUAUGUCUAAUAGAUUUUGAAGUUUUUUUCACAAAGAAAAAAAUCAUAACAAAGACAAACGAACAAGAAAUUAGAAAAUUCUAAGCAAAAUGAGAACGUGGUGAAUUGAUAAAUUAUCUUUAUCGCACACGUCUGAUAUACUUAUAUAUAUAGGUAUAUAUUUAACGAACGGAUUAGUUAUCUUCUCUUAUACACAUAUGGCAUAGCGAGUGAUAUUCAUAAAAUGCAUUUUAUUUAAUGCGGCAGACUAUAAGAUUUGAGAAAAUAAUGUUAAUUCAAAGAAAUAAGAAAAAUUCAAUAUAUACGUAUUGAUGAUAAAAAAAAUACAAGAACAUGUUAUGAUUAAUGUGAAAGUAGGUUGUAUAUGAAUAUUAUUUAUAUAUAUACAUAUAUAUAAUGUAAUGUUGAAUAUUAUACUGUUGAAAUUUUAUAUAGAUAUAGACAAUAAUUUGUUAUUUUCGAAUAAUUUCCAAAAAUUAUUAGAUAUAUACGUACGCAUUUAUGUACAACGUGUAAUAACGUAUAGUUCGAAACUCGCGGCUAUAUAGUUUCGUUGUAGAUUUCAUUUAUAUGUAUGAAUAUAUCGAUUCUUGUCUUAAAAAUGAUAUAAUAACCAUAAAACGCUUCGACAGAAAAACAUAAAAUAGAAGAAAUAAAAAUUAAGGGAGAAAAAAAUCGUAUGAUUAACGAUGUAAGUCACUCAAAAAGUAGUAAUUCAUAACGUCCCAAAGACAAUACCUUAUGAAAUGGUUUUAAAAAAAAAAUUCUAUACAUUGAAAGUUUUUUCUCAAAUUAAGAUAAACAUAUAUACAUAAAUAUAUAUAUAUACCUAUAUAAAUUCGUAUAGGUCACAUGUAAUAUUGUUAAAUAUUAAUUGUAAUUAACGUACGUUAAAUGAUUAUCAACGUUAUAAUUUUCCUUGAACUAUUACGUGCAAAUUUACUUCGACGAAAUAACGAAAAUCUAUACGUAAUUAGUUUUUAGUUUUCUCAAUUUUUUUUUUUUCUCGGCGUAUUCGAGAUAUAUAACACGUCUACGGGUGGCAGAAUCGCAGAGGAACGUUGAAGUUAAAUACGACGUAAUUAAUGAAUCUAAAUACGUAUAGAAUAUCAUAACGUUUGGAGGUUUAUGAAAUGAGCGUAUCCAUGGAAACGAAACUGGAGCAGACACCGGGCGAGCCUUUGAGUUUGCGACUAAAACCGUGAAUUAAUUUUGCAAAUAUGUUCGCACGUGAUGUGGAUGCACUCCGUUCCAUAUCGGAUGACUUUACCACACCACGCGCGUAUUAUUUUAUACGAAUCAAAGUUUUUAUUCGUUAUACGUUUCGUACGGGCCUGAUUGAAUUCUUUCGAUCGUUUAAUCCGAAACAAUUAUACACGCCUAUAGGAUCUAUAUUCAAUUACAUGACCUUAUGAUAUUCAUCGAUAUCACAAUCUAAUUAAAAAACAAAAAUAUUUUUCUAUAGAUCGCCGACGAGCGCGCGUCAAGAAAUUAACAAAUGGGAAAUAAAAAAACGAUUAAAAAAAAAAGAAAGAAAGAAAUACGACUAAAGAUAUUUGUGUUACUAUUGUACAAUUAUGUCACAGAUAGACGAACGAUAAUUAUUAUAUCUUCUAAUUAAUAUAAAUUAUAAUUGAAGUCUUCCGUUCAUUCUUAUUGUUAGUAAUAUAACCGCAUUUGAUACAUCAUCCAUCCAUUUCGUAUCCAAAAUGAAGGAUAUGACGUAUCGAUAAGCUUUCCAUUUAUAUUUUCUCAGUUUUUUUUUUGCGAUAAUUUUUAGUGGCACCUGUAAUUAUUUCAAUUUCUCAAUCAAGUAAUGCAAGAUAUCCCUUCUUUUGAACAAGACAACCCCUGCUGUUAUUCAUGUUAGAGUAUACUCGUUGAAAAUAUGAGCAAAAUUAAAAUUUACAAUCUGGAUCAAAAACUAAAAUUUUCGAAGAUCAAAGCAAACUGAAGAAAAAAAUCCUAAAUGAUUAGAUCCGCAGAUGAUUUAGCAAGUAUAAUACCCCGUAUAUGUAAUAUUACAAACCGUUUCAGCUAUGUGUAAAAGUUGCGGUGCCGCGUAUAAUAAAUGAAUAUUAAAAAAAAAUACAUGUCAAAAAGAAGGAAUAAUAAUUGCAUCCGCUGGACGAUGCGUUUAAAUGUAAUAAGAGCGCGUACACACGUCAUAAUUACAAUAUAGAUAUAUAUAAGAGUACAUCAUCAUCGUGCCGCAUGAUUAUUUGGGUAGAAAAGAUAUUAUAUACGUACAUACGUAGGCUAAUCACACUACCUAAUUAGAGGAUGUACGGUUGUAUCAUUAGAGAAUAAAAAUGAAAAAAGAGAAAAAAACUUAAAAAGAACAUUUACCAAAAUGUAAAAAGGGGGAAAAAAAACAAGAAAAUGAUGAGGAACAUGAAUCAAUCGAUAUACCGUUGAUAAUAUACACUUUGGAAAAUCUGACGGAAGAAAGUAACUCACCAUCAAAGGUCCAAGCGAACUAAAAUCGAAUAAAUAAAUAUAGAAGAUAAAUGAAUAGAUAACGUUCUGGCUGAAUUGAUUAAAUCGUUGAAUUUCUAUGUCUAUAUUCAUCUUGUAACAAUGAUAAUAAUGAUAAUUGUUAUGAUAGAAAACUAUCGAAGCACGGCUUACUUGCUAAUCGCAGGAACUUCCUUUUCUCUCUAUUUCUCUCUAAACAUAUAUAUCUGUAAUUCUUGUAUUGAACUAAUUAUGCAAACAGGAGAAGAAAAAAAAUGUUCUUUUUCUUCUCUUUCACAUGAAGCAUAAUUAGUUAAUAUUGCCUACCAAAUGCGAGUUCAUAAUGUAUAAUUAUGUGUAAAUAUUUAUACAUUUUAGUACGUAAAUUAUUUCGAUUCGAUGGCUUUGGAUGCAGAAAGCAAUUGAUGAGAUAAAUAAUUACGUUGAUAAUACACCGUAUGUAUACAUUCACGAUCAAAAUAUGCAAGUGGAUAAUAGUUAUUAUAAUAAGAAAAUGUCUUUCAUUAUUAUAUAUUAAUUAAUCAAGUACAAGUUACGUAGAAAUGAAACCAUAUAUAAGUAUAACAAAUAAAUAAAUAUAUAUAUAUAUAUAUAUAAAUAAAUGUAAAAUACGUCAGUCGUAAAAUGCAGACUGUACAGGUGUCUCAUUGCAAGCGAAGAGAAACUCGAGAAACCAAAAUGAAAAAUGAAAAAUGAAAAAAAAAAUGAAAAAUGGAAAAUUACAAAAAUGAAAAAUAUCCUAAAAGGUACAAGCGGAAUCAAUUUAGGGUAAAAUCUCUAUAAUAUAUACGACGCUAUUAUAGGUACACGAAAAGGCGAUUAUAUUAUGCGACGUAUAUAUGUAUGUUAUACAUACAAAAUAUACCUACAUAUAUCGUUGAAUAUUUAUAAAAAUGAAACAAAAAAGAAAAAAACCAAAAAAAUGGACAUUAAACGAAACGAAGAAAAUUAAAAGUGGGGUAUAUGAGAAAAAAAUAUAAUUAUAUCGCUGAAUAAUAUUUAUAUUUUUACUUCUGAAAUUUUUAAAAUAACGUUUGUUGAUAACGUUAUUUUUUUUUCUAGAGUAAACAUUUAAAUAAUUGUCAUUAAUAAAUCUACGACGAAACGUGGCUCAUAUUGAUAUUAUACACAUAUAAGUAUAUGUGUACUUUUCACGGUCACACUGCAAGAAUAAUUUAUUUUGACGAAAGAAAAAAAAAAAAUUCAUAUUUUAUUGACACGAGACAUGAUAUACGAUAAUUAUUUCAUCUUGCCAUCCCUGCAGUCGCAUCAUUGAAAAUCGAACACACGAUUUAUUUUGUUAUUAAUCAUUGUCUGAAAUUUUAUACAAAUUUUUCACCGCCCAGAAUAAAAUAAAAUAACUAAAUGAGUAAAUAAAUAAAAUAAAUUACAAAAUGUUAAGUAAUCAAAUAAAUCAAAUUUAAAACGAUUUGUAGAAGAGAAACAGAAGAAAAAAAAAAUAGUCCAAAAGUUAAAAUAUAGAGACAAUUGUUAAUCGAAAAAGCUGACUUGGUAAUUGUUCAGGAUGUUCAAUUUAGGGAUCCAUUGAAACGUGACGAGAUACGAGAAAUAGAACUGCUUUUCACAAAUGUGUGUUCAGGGUAAAAAGUUGCAUGGUUUUUAAAUAAAUUAACUUACCGGUGAUAUAUCUCGGCUGAUUAGUAGAUAAUUGCCCACCACUGGAAGAAUGCAGUGCAUCGGCGAUGCUCGGUUCGGAUGAUUUCGAUCGGCAUUUAUUCAAAGAUAUGGAUAAAUUUUUAAUUGGUUUUUAUUAACGUUCUCACCUUAUAACUGUAGUCUGAUACGAAACCAACGCCGUAGAAUUCCCAAUGAGGACUGCGGAGUAGGCUCCGGAAAUGUUUGCAAUUCGACGUAACCCAACGCGUAGCGUCGCGACCUUUGUCAUUGAAAACAAACCGGCGUGUUAUGAUUUCGAGGUACAUACCUAACAUAAAUCUGAAAUAUUGCACGUUGACCUGAGAACGCGUAGUUCGAACAAUAGUUCUGUAUCAUCAGAAAUAUUUCAAUGGGCCUUUUUUAAAUGGAACAUUUUUUACAAUUGCAUCAAUGGAACUGAUGAAAAAAAAUUAAUCAAAAUGAAAAAAAAAAAAAUAAAAAUCUUUGUCCUCGUUUUUUCCCACCUUUGUAAGAAUAUUAUUAUAUAGGUGUGUAAACUUUUGCUAUCUAGGUAUACAUACAUGAAACAUAAAGAUAAAAAUGGAGUAAAAACUGAAAUAAAAGAAAAAGACGCAUCCAUAAAAAAUUCUAUCCACGUUUCGUCGUAAGGACGAAAAUUAUAAGAGGAAUCAAAUCGAAGAAAGAGAGAUGGAGAGGAGAAAGAAAAUUGAAUGAAAUUUAAUAAUAAAGAGAAUUAUAUAUAAAUAUAUAUAAACGUUGAAGGGUUACGAGGCGAGAAUGCAGCCGUAUGUGUGGUGUUCCGUGUAUGUAAAACAUGUUACGUGUUAAUUCGAUAAUGUAAGAUGUAGAGAGUGGCAUUAAAGAAGAAGAAAAAAAAAAAAACAUGAAAGGUGAAGAAUUGUACCAGAGGGAUAUACAUAUGUAUGGAAUUAUAUCUAAAUACAGCCAUUUUUUAAUGGACUCACCCAAAAA